ACAACAGGAUGUUUCAUGGUUGAAUCUACAGGAGUGUAUUUUGAGUCAUAUUUUCAUAUUUUAAAAACUCUUCAAGAAACUUCACCUUCGAGUCUUCCUUUUGAAAGAUAUUUAGCACCACAAGAAAUCGAAAGUUCACCCUCGUUUGCUAUCGUUGAUCCGCCUACAUACGCUCGAGCGCCUGGAUUCUCAUUUGAUUUGUCUGUGUUACUUGAAGAUAAACAAAUUACACUAAACAUUGCUGACAUAUCAUCUCAUAAAACUGUUAUUCAAAAUCUUCAAUCAUUAAGUAGACUUGAUGAGAGCCAAGCACAAUCUCUCGUAUAUUCUUUAUGUCGAGAAGUUGCUUUAAUUGAAGGACCUCCUGGAACCGGCAAAACUUUCGUUGGCGUUGAACUAAUGAGAGUGUU